UUCUAAAUCUUUUGCAGAGUGCAGCAGUUCAUGAAGUCUGUACAGUAUGGAGUAACACCACCGGUGUCAGAGGCGCUCCCGACGCAAAGAGAGUUAGAACUCAAUGAAGCUCUAACCGACGUAUUAGCGCGAGAAGGAAUGAUUGAAUCAGAGAAGAAAGCACAACUCAGAAAAACAGUGUUAUUCGAACUUGAUAUGAUUAUAAACGAAUUUGUUUAUGCUGUCACAGCCAAACUUACGAAUUCUGAACAACUGGCAAGAAAUACAGCUGCUAAACUUUUCACCUAUGGUAGCUAUCGAUUAGGUGCGCACACGGACGAAAGCGAUAUAGAUACUUUGUGUGUUUGCCCGCAACACAUUACGCAAAAAAUCUUUUUUCAUUCGUUGCCGCCAAUCCUACAGAAACAUGAAGGAGUACAGGAACUCACGACUGUGACUUCAGCAUUUGUACCUGUAAUCAAAAUGAUUUUCCAUGGAAUUCAUAUUGAUCUCAUAUACGCAAGACUCUGGCAGCCUACUGUUCCAGCUAAUCUGGAUUUAUCAGAUGAACGUACAAUGCAGCAAAUUGACGAAUCCUGUGUACGUACGGCCAACGGACCAAGAACAGCCACCGAAAUCCUGUCACUUGUUCCCAAUGUUGAAACAUUUUGCAUGGCAUUGAAGUGCAUUAAACUUUGGGCGAAACGAAGGGCUAUAUAUUCCAACGCAAUCGGUUAUUUCGGAGGAGUAGCCUGGGCUAUACUUGUUGCGAGAGUUUGCCAGCUAUAUCCAAAUGGUUGUCCGGCCACAAUUAUAUCGCGCUUCUUUAGAAUAUUCUUUACGUGGUCAUGGCCAAGUCCAGUGGUCCUAAAAUAUCUUGUAAAAGGAAGGGAUGCAUGGGAUUCCAAGUCGAAUAAGCAUCACAUCAUGCCGAUCCUGACUCCCGCAUACCCAGCCAUGUGUUCAACGCAUAAUGUUUCUUACAGCACCAAAAAAAUACUGCUAGCCGAACUCAACCGAGCUUCUAAAAUUGUUGAUACUAUUAUUCUUGGAACUGGAAGCUGGCAAGAUCUUUUUAUGGAACACGACUUUUUCAAGCUCUACAAAUAUUACAUUCGAGUCAGUUUUUGCUCAAGCGAACAGAAUGCUCACAUGGCAUGGUGUGGUAGAAUGGAAUCCCGAUUACGCAAGCUGAUCACCUCUCUGGAAGUCAUGCCUCAGAUUUUGAUUGCACAUCCAUUGUGUAAUAGGAUCGAUGAAACUUAUGAUGAUCUUUCAAACGAUGAAAUUCAGGAUGUUGCAUUUAAUGAUACCACUCCUAACGAGUUUUCCAGAUAUCCUAGCAACAAUGGCCAUGAUCUAGAUCAUGAAAAAUCCCUCUCACACGACAAAUUCUACGUCACCAAGUACUACAUAGGACUAUUACCAGCACACGGCACCAAAAUAAUUGACGUAGACCGACAAAUGAAAGCAUUUAUUCGAACGGAAGGCUACACUUUCAAGAGUUUUGAUCAGCGUAAAAUGGGAUUUACGGCGAAAUUAAUGAGAAGAUCCAAUUUACCCGGUGCGGUGUUAGAAUAUAGCAAGGAAGCGACAACAGGCUUGAAACGAACGAGAUCCCAGGUGGGGAAAUAUUGACUUUCUCAAUGAAAGGUGUUUGAGCAGCAGAUGAUAAUGAAGUUCUUAUAGGCGGACUUGGAGGAACUCCAGAGCGAAUCAAGCAGCAGCGGAUGAAAGUAAAUAAAUAAAACGGUGAGGAUACCCACACACUAUAGAAAGUAAUAUAGUAGUAAUGUACAGUCAAAAUAAACUUGCAAAGAGCAUCUCUGGUCAGUCAGUCUGAGAUAUCUUUCCUGCAUUGAAUUGAAUA